AUGCCGCGGGGAAAGGGGAAGGGCACGGGUGGCAAACCGGCCAAGCCGAAGCAGGCCGCGAAGAGGCCAAAAAACCAGAGAGGCGCGAAGGCGGCGACGGAGCAGGGGCCUGCGCGGCCGCAGGUGUGGCGCAAGGGGCUCGACGAGCUCGGGGAGGACGAGGAGCUCGACUACGACCCGACGGUGUACUUCUGUCUGCACUCCCUCUCCCUCGACUGGCCCUGCCUGUCGUUCGACCUCUGCAAGGACGGGUUCGGCGCCCCCCGCAACGCGUUCCCGCACCAGAUGCUGCUGGUGGCCGGGACGCAGGCCGCGGACGCACGGAGCAACUACCUCGCCGUCAUGAAGCUCGCCGACAUGGGACAGGCUGGGCACGGGCCGAAGCCGGCCAAGGAGGGCGACGACAGCGACAGCGACAUGAGCGAGUCCAGCGACGACGAGGACGAGGAGCCGCCCAAGCUGCACUGCCGACAGGUGGCGCACAACGGCGGCGUCAACCGCGUGCGCGCAUGCCCGCAGCACCCCAACCUGGUGGCCACGUGGAGCGACGCGGGCCAGGUCAACAUGUUCGACGUCGAGGAGCAGCUCAAGGCCGUGGCCGACGCGAAGGAGGUGAAGCCGCCAAAGGGCGCUCAGAAAGCGCAGCCGAAGCAGACGUUCGGCGGCCACUCGUGCGAGGGGUUUGCGAUGGACUGGUCGCCGCUGACGACGGGGCGGUUCGUGUCCGGGGACUGCAAGGGCCGCGUCUUCCUGUGGGAGCCGACGCCCGCCGGAAAGUGGGACGUCGGGCAGCGCAAGUUCGCGGGGCACACGGGCAGCGUGGAGGACGCGCAGUGGUCGCCCACGGAGCCUGACGUGUUCAUGACGGUGGCGGCGGACCGCACGAUCCGCGUGUGGGACUGCCGCGUGGCGACGAAGCCCAUGAUCACGCUCGAGGGCGCGCACGACGCGGACGUCAACGUCCUGUCGUGGAACCGCCUGACGACGCACAUGGUCGCGACGGGCGGCGACGACAACGCGCUGCGCAUCUGGGACCUGCGCAACCUCGCGGCGGGGCGGCACGUCGCGCACUUCAACUACCACCGCGGCCCCGUGGCGGCCGUGGAGUGGUGCCCGUACGAGUCGAGCAUGUUGCUGACGUGCGGCGAGGACGACCAGCUGUGCGUGUGGGACCUCGCGCUGGAACGCGACCCGGAGGAGGAGGCGGCGAUGGCGGCGGAGCUGGGCGGGGAGCGCAACGCGGAGCUGCCGGAGGACGUGCCCCCGCAGCUGCUGUUCGUGCACCAGGGGCAGCACAUGCUCAAGGAGGCGCACUGGCACACGCAGAUCCCCGGGAUGAUCGUGUCGACCGCGGGGGACGGGUUCAAUGUGUUCAAGCCGUUCAACGUGUGA